AUGACGUCUCCUAUGUCUAAUGAAUCAUUCCUCCAGUGGGAUGCAGCUCAGGUUUCCCGAUUUAUGCAAUCAAUUUUGCAAGCUGAAAAUACAGAAAUAGGCGAGGUUUUCCUUGAUAAUAACAUAGAUGGUUCCUUACUACCUUUUAUCACAACCGAUCAUCUAAAGGAGAUUGGAAUAAAUUCCUUACGUGCGCGGUUGGUAAUCAAGAAGGCUAUUAACGAAUUGAUUAUGUCUAACCACCAGAAACACCCACCAAAGUCAAUGAAUGAUCUUGAACAUAAAUUACAUCAUGUCAACAUUAACAGUAAUUAUACAACAAUGGAAUCAUUAAAGUUAUCCAUGGUAUUGAUGAAAGAGAUGUUGAAAAAGCUCAAUUUGGAAAUGCAUAUAAAUGGUAGUAGUUCUGUUGCAAAUUUGCAAACUCAAGACGAGAUAAAACGGUUGACUGAUAAUCAUACAAGAAUGAAGAAUGAAUUGAAUCAAGUUCUUAAAUUAAUAAAGGAUGUCAAACCUUUACCCACACCUACCCUUGAUCCUGGUCCUUCUUCCAAUUUGGCCGAUUCUCCCGGAUAUUUGUCAUAUUUGGGAGAUACGGAACACCAUCAUGAGCGGGGGACACUAUCGACAUCCGAUUCAAGUGACAAUUCACACCCAUCACCAACAGUAUCAUCGAUACAACGGGAUUCAACAGCUGUGACUAGCCCAACUUAUUCCAACAGAUUCUCCCAAGGAUCUGUGUUGUCUAUGGGCACAGGGAAAAUAGUAUCACAAACAGUUCCAAAAUAUCCCGAACCAAAAUUGUCUUCAGAUUUCACUUUGCAAAAGGUAAAUGUUCCUUCUAAUUCUAAUUCUAGUUUCCUUCCUUCUGGCACUACUAGCUCGGGUAGUACUGUUGGUAGAUUGGAUACUUUAAAGGGGGAUAAUUCAUCCACAUUCCGACCAAGAUUGGGCAAGACUGGAUCUUCGUCAGGCGCAACGACUACUUUGAACAACCCGGGACUAGUACCUAAUAUUCCAAGUUCUUCAUUGUCAAAGCAAUCAUUGCAACUGAGUGGUCCAAUUACUGGAAAUUCGGUCCCACCAAGACCCCUGCGGCAAUCGAGUUCUAGCUCCGGGAAUGAGCCUCUUAAACAGUUACGGGCAUCAACUGAUGACUCGUGCUUAAAGAUUCUUCAACAUGCAAUGAAACGACAUCACAUCCCCCAAGAAGACUGGUCCAAAUACGUUUUAGUUAUUUGUUAUGGAGACAAGGAACGAAUCUUAAAAUUGGCUGAGAAACCUGUUGUUAUAUUUAAAGAGUUGAAAGAGUUAGGUAAACACCCUGCAAUUAUGCUUCGACAAUUGGCGGAUACUAAAGCUGAACAGGAAAGUGGUCUUUAUAACGAUUCAAGAAUUGGAUCCGAUAUCCCUGGAGGAAUUUUAUAG